AUAAGACCUGAUGUACAAUGAUUUCCAUCCAUUAUUCAGUUGAAAAUGCUGAUACAAGUGUGUUUUGUGGUCUUAGUACUUUCGAAUUCUGUAUUUUCCGUACCCGUAAAAGAGAAAGAUGAAGAUUUCAUCAGAGAAGAAGUUCGAGAACUACUGGAAUUUUUAAAAGAAAGCGAACCUGAAGACAAAGCUGCGAGAAUCGAUCAUGAAGAAAAAGGAAGGAGACUUUUCAAAAAUUACUUUGGACAGGAAGAUCUUGAUUUUGCCCAAAAAAGAAAAGCCAAGAAAGACAAGGAGCAGAAAUCUAAAGAGAAAGAUGGUCAGAAAAAGAAUAACCCUCAGGAAAAACACAGCACAAUGAUUGAUGAAGAAGACGUAAACCCUGAUGACGUGAAGUUAAUGAAACUACUGGAAGGAAUGGCGAUGGAGAAGAACGGGAGAGUCUUCAAGGCCAAAGGUUUGCAUCCCGAAUUAUCAAUGAUUGCUAAAGGUCAAGGCAUGGACAAGCACCCCUUAACCCCGGAACAAUCUGAGAUAGAGCAGAUCUCAGGAGACCAGGUACGCAGAAAAAAGAGAAGUUUUUGGAGGGCAGCUUGGAAGUGGCCGAAAAAUAUCGUUCCCUUUGACAUAGACAAUAACACCAUAGUAAGUGAAAGAAGCUAUGCUAUCUUCAACAAAGCAGCUGAGCUGUUCAACAAUCUAACCUGUCUAAAAUGGCUACCUUAUACACCAGAACUAGCGGAACAAGUGGGUCACAAUAAUUAUGUACAGUUCAGAGACUCAGACGGAUGUUGGUCCUAUGUUGGGUACAUAAGAAGUAGUCCUCAAGUCAUUGGAAUGUCACAGAGGGGGUGUAUGAGCGUUGGUAUAGCGGUGCAUGAGAUGCUUCACGCCGUGGGUUUGAUGCAUGAGCAAUCACGCACUGACCGUGACGACUAUAUCCGCAUGAUUAAAGAAAAUCUCAAGGAAAACUUUCACAAUGGUAACAUGGCAAAGACCAGUACAUUUGACCGCAAUGCAUAUGACUACGAGAGUAUUAUGCAGUACGGGUUAUGGUCCUUUUCGGUCACUGGUGGUCAAACAAUGGAAUUUCUGGACAGAGACCUGGAGUUUCUAGCUGGGACAGGGGCCGGGGUCGCUCUUGAUUUCUAUGAUGUCAAGGAUAUCACCGCAAAUUACUUAUGUACUGAAGAAUGUGUGAACCCACCAAAGUGUGAGAAUGGAGGAUUUGUCAACCACAACUGUGUCUGUUACUGUCCAAAAGGGUAUCAAGGUGACACGUGUGGAACUGUGAUCACGGAUGAUGACUGUGGUGGAAUGAUAGAAGUUCCUCUCGGUAAAGAUGUAAUUGUGACGUCACCAGGGUAUCCCGUGUCAUAUCCAAUCGGAAAAUUAUGCAGAUGGGGCGUAAAG